UAAAACGAUUGAAUAAGUUGAUAAUUAAUUAAUCUUAGCUUUUUGUUUAAUUUUUACCUUGUCAUUAAUAGUAUUUCAAUGGUGAUAAUUUUUAAAGAUGCUUGAAUCAUGUUUGAGGCUUGAUUCAAAUUUGUGAGACAGAAAUCAGAGUAUUGCCAAGUUACUUAUUGUAUUUGUUUCAAAUAAGUUGUUGAAAUAUGUCCAGCUUCUUUUGUAAACAGUGUCUUAAAACAGUGAUUAAGAUCAAUUUUAUUUAGAUUAACGGGCGGAAUAAAAUUAAUUAUAAAAAUAUUUGUGAAGUAAUUAUUGCUGUGACUUCUGAUUAGUCUUAAGAUUCCAUCUUCUAGUGAUUAUCAAUUGUUUUUACUCUUCAAAAUCUUCACCUUGUUUAUAUGUUUGAGUUGCUUUCCAUGUUAUUAUUUUAGAUGAUUAAUUCAUUUUUAUCUGUUAGAUCAAAUUUAUUCAGCUAUGUACCAAAUGUUACAUUAGCUUGUAAACGUUAUAUACAGACUAUCAAAGUUGGUAUAAUUGGUUCAGGACCAGCUGGCUUUUACACUGCUCAAGCUUUGUUAAAGGACAGCAGAGUGUUAAUAGACAUCUAUGAAAAAUAUCCAGUUCCAUUCGGGUUAAUCAGAUUUGGAGUAGCACCGGAUCAUCAAUCAGUCAAGAAUGUUAUUAAUUCGUUCACCAAUACAGCUCUUCAAGAUAGAGUUUCAUUCUAUGGUAACAUUAAUAUUGGCCAAGAUGUGACUUUAAAUCAGUUGCUCAAAUCCUACAAUGCAGUUGUCCUUUGCUAUGGUGCAACUGAAGACCGUAAACUAAAUAUCGAAGGGGAAGAUUUAAUUAAUGUGCUACCAGCAAGAAGGUUUGUUGGGUGGUAUAACGGUAUUCCCCAGGAUUCCGACUUAAACCCAUUUCUACAAACUGAAGAUGUUGUAAUUAUUGGACAUGGAAAUGUCGCCUUGGAUUGUGCAAGAAUUUUACUUUCUCCAGUAGACGAGACUUUAAAGAGUACAGAUAUUACAAAUCAUGCCUUAACUGCCCUUAGAGAAAGCAAAGUAAAGAGAGUAUACUUGGUUGGACGAAGAGGGCCACUUCAAGUAUCAUUCACCAUAAAAGAAUUGAGGGAACUAACAAAAUUACCUGGUUGCGAUACAAUCGUGUUUCCAGAGGAUUUCAAGAACAUCACAGCUGAAACUAUAAAUGAACUUCCUCGACCCAGGAAAAGAUUAACUGAAUUAUUGUUAUCUUUAGCAAACGAGAAAAAUUUAAACAACAAUCAUAAAAGAUGUGUUCUGAUGUUUUGUCGAUCUCCCUUACAAAUAGUCGGUGAUAAACAUGGUAAAGUUUCAUCAGUCAAUUUAGGAGUAAAUAGGCUAAUUCAGCAAGAGGACGGAGUAAAGACUGAACUAACCGAUGAAAAAGAGAUUUUAAAAUGUGGCCUAUUUUUACGAAGCAUCGGAUAUCGAGCUGUUUCCAUUGAUCCAAGUAUACCAUUGAAUGACAAAACUGGAGUUAUUAGUAACACUAAUGGAAAGGUGCACGGAUUCGAUUUCGGGUUAUACUGUAGUGGCUGGGCUGCUACUGGAGCAACUGGAGUAAUCAUUGGCACAAUGAAUGCAAGCUUUGAAAUAGCUGAACAUAUUUUGAAGGAUUUUGGCCAAAAUGAACCUUUGUUAGUGGAAAAACCUGGAGCAACUGAGAUAAUUCCUCAUCUAAAGUCAAAAGGAGUCAAAGUUGUUACCUUUAAUGAUUGGCAACGCAUAGAUGAACUAGAGAAAAAUUUAGGAUCCCAGUUAGGGAAGCCAAGAGAAAAAUUGGUUAAUCAAAAAGAUAUGAUCAAAGCAGUUGACGAAGAAAAAGAUUGAUGAACGAAGAAUUUAUCAUGUAAAAUUCUUUUAUUGUUACUCGUUUCUAAUUGUUCCUUAUUAAACUAACUCAUUGAGCACCUA